GUUCGGGGUCCGGGAAGGAUGGAGCCGGUCCGGACCGGAAUCCAAAGCCGCGUCGAGCCCAUUUCCCCACCCUAGUGCCUCCCUGCGCCGUGCUUUGCUUCUUUCUCUUUGCUUUUUCCGAGACAAGGUCUCCUCGAACUCAGUGUAGCCAGAGAUGAUUUUGAACUAGCGCUCUUCCUGCCGCCACGCCGCGAGUGCUGGAUGACAGAGGGGCAUCGCCAUGCCCGGCGGAUGCGAUGCUGGGAGCCGAACCCAGCCCUGCCGUUUUAUUUCAGCGCUCACGUCACAGCCCAGUGAGGCCAGGGUUUGAGGGGGGGGGACCCGUGACCUCUAGGGUAGGGUUGAGCACACAGCCAGGUACUGACUGCUUGUAGAGCUUGCGGUGCUGCGAGCCUGGGACACCCCGUGUUGGAGAAAGUUCUAGCAGGAGCCUGUGGCUGGAUAACUGCACGAUGGGGUUCCAGGGUAGUGAUGGAGAAAUUAAAUACUUGCAGUUUGCAGAGGAGCUGAUUCGUCCUGAGAGAAACACGCUGGUUGUGAGUUUUGCAGACCUGGAACAGUUUAACCAACAACUUUCUACCACCAUUCAGGAAGAGUUCUAUAGAGUCUACCCUUACCUGUGUCGAGCCUUGAAGACCUUUGUGAAAGACCGAAAGGAGAUCCCUUUCGCCAAGGAUUUUUAUGUUGCCUUCCAAGACCUGCCUACUAGACACAAGAUUCGUGAGCUCACGUCAUCCAGGAUCGGGCUGCUCACCCGCAUCAGUGGGCAGGUGGUGCGCACUCACCCCGUUCACCCUGAGCUCGUGAGUGGGACCUUCCUGUGCCUGGACUGUCAAACAGUGAUCAAGGACGUAGAACAGCAGUUCAAAUACACACAGCCGAAUAUCUGCCGAAAUCCAGUGUGUGCCAACAGGAAGAGGUUCCUGCUAGACACUAAUAAAUCAAGAUUUGUUGAUUUCCAAAAGGUUCGUAUUCAAGAGACUCAAGCGGAACUUCCCCGAGGAAGUAUCCCCCGAAGUUUAGAGGUCAUCCUGAGAGCUGAAGCUGUAGAGUCAGCCCAAGCUGGUGACAAGUGUGACUUCACGGGGACACUGAUAGUUGUGCCUGAUGUCUCCAAGCUUAGUGUACCAGGAGCACGUGCAGAGACUAACUCCCGAGUCAGUGGAGUUGAUGGGUAUGAGACAGAAGGCGUUCGAGGGCUGCGGGCCCUUGGUGUCAGAGACCUGUCAUACAGGCUCGUCUUCCUUGCCUGUUAUGUUGCACCAACCAACCCCAGGUUUGGUGGGAAAGAACUCAGAGAUGAAGAACAGACAGCUGAGAGCAUUAAGAACCAAAUGACAGUGAAGGAAUGGGAAAAGGUGUUUGAAAUGAGUCAGGACAAAAACCUGUACCACAAUCUCUGCACCAGCCUCUUCCCUACUAUACACGGCAAUGAUGAAGUAAAACGUGGUGUCUUACUGAUGCUGUUUGGUGGUGUUCCUAAGACAACAGGGGAAGGGACCUCUCUUCGUGGGGACAUAAACGUUUGCAUUGUUGGUGACCCAAGUACAGCUAAGAGCCAGUUUCUCAAGCAUGUGGAUGAGUUCAGCCCCAGAGCUGUCUAUACCAGUGGCAAAGCCUCCAGCGCCGCUGGCUUAACAGCAGCUGUGGUGCGGGAUGAAGAAUCUCAUGAAUUUGUCAUUGAGGCUGGAGCGUUGAUGCUGGCUGAUAAUGGUGUCUGUUGUAUUGAUGAAUUUGAUAAGAUGGACAUGCGGGACCAAGUCGCUAUCCAUGAAGCUAUGGAGCAGCAGACCAUAUCGAUCACUAAAGCAGGAGUGAAGGCGACUCUGAAUGCCAGGACAUCCAUUUUAGCUGCAGCAAACCCUGUCAGCGGACACUACGACAGAUCGAAAUCACUGAAACAGAACAUCAGUCUGUCGGCGCCCAUCAUGUCCCGCUUUGAUCUCUUCUUUAUCCUGGUGGAUGAGUGCAAUGAGGUGACAGAUUAUGCUAUCGCCAGGCGUAUAGUAGACUUGCAUUCAAGGAUUGAAGAAUCGAUUGACCGAGUUUAUUCCCUUGAUGAUAUCAGAAGGUAUCUUCUCUUUGCCCGGCAGUUUAAGCCCAAGAUUUCCAAGGAGUCGGAGGACUUCAUUGUGGAGCAGUACAAACGCCUGCGCCAGAGGGAUGGCUCUGGGGUCACUAAGUCCUCAUGGAGAAUCACUGUGCGACAACUCGAGAGCAUGAUCCGCCUCUCAGAAUCAAUGGCCCGGAUGCACUGCUGUGACGAGGUCCAGCCUAAACAUGUGAAGGAAGCUUUUCGGCUACUGAAUAAAUCAAUCAUCCGUGUAGAAACGCCUGAUGUCAAUCUAGAUCAAGAGGAAGAGAUCCAGAUGGAGACGGAUGAGGGACCAGAUGGCAUCAAUGGUCAUGCUGACAGCCCUGCCCCUGUAAAUGGGGUCAAUGGCCCCAGUGAAGAUGCCAGUCAGGAACCCCCCGUUUCCAAGCCCUCCCUGAGGCUGGGCUUUGCUGAGUACUGCCGAAUCUCUAACCUCAUUGUGCUCCACCUCAGGAAAAUGGAGGAAGAGGAGGAUGAGUCAGCAUUAAAGAGGAGCGAGCUGGUUAAUUGGUACCUGAAGGAAAUCGAGUCAGAAAUAGACUCUGAAGAGGAGCUCAUAAAUAAAAAGAGGAUCAUAGAGAAGGUGGUCCAUCGUCUGACGCACUAUGAUCAUGUUCUGAUUGAGCUUACCCAGGCUGGACUGAAAGGCUCCACCGAGGAAAGCGAGAGCUAUGAGGAAGAUCCCUACUUGGUAGUCAACCCUAACUACUUGCUUGAAGAUUGAGAUGAUGAAGGUAACUUUAUGGCCGGAGAGGAGGACCUGUGGUGCCCGGCCUCUGCCCCGGAGCCUGAUGACGCUCAGGAGAGAGUUUCUGGAGCGAUGUUUGAGGACUGAGAGCUGAGUCCACGGCCCUGUGAACCUUGUACUGGGACAGGCUUGGGCCCUUGUGCUUCUUGUCCUAGUGAAGUCGGAACCCAGUCGUGUUCUUUGUGGAAGACCUUUGUCUUCAUGUGCAGGAAAGGCUGCUGCCUUUGUCACAUAUGUAUCUGGAGAUGCCUCCUUCAAUUUCCAACUGCUUUUAUUCACAAAAAUAAAAGAACUUGUUCUGCA